GUCCAGCGGGUCAGCGCCGGCCAGUGCUGCAAGGCGUCCUUGAUGAUGCAGGGCUUGUUUGCGGCAAUCCAGUGACGGUGGAAGGUCAGCGGGUCGGGGGGGCCGUCCAGGUACGGGACCGAGCCGUCCAGGUAGAGUUCUGCUCAAGCACAUGUCGCCCCUGAGAGUCAGGCCCCGCCUUGCUCCACCACCACAGCCGUGACCAGCCUCCACCCGCCCUCUGCACCGCAUCACACACACACGGCACACGUGACACAGGACUGGACUCCACUGCACUUACAGAGACAAACCGUAUGAAACCCAGACGAACAGCGUGAACGGUCACGAGGGCCGCAGCUACCGUAAAGACGGGAGUAGUCGCGCCUCGGACGGCGCUCACGUGACUGUCGCACCCGGGUGAAGGCGGCCUCGGGCGCUCACCUCGAGCCUCCAGAGAGAAGUGCGUCAGGUGUUUCGUCACGGCCUCCAUGACGCUCGAUCGCGGAUGAGUCGGCGACGCCUCACAACGACGUGCUGCUUUGUUUGCCUCCAGGGCGCAGGCGCAGACGUGAUCCGACACGCAGGGCGCGUCCCCUGCUGGCGGGCGGCUCGAGUGCGGCACAUUAACCGAGUCCCUCCACGAGAGGGAGACAGAGGCGAGCGCGCGCACGAUGUGUCCUCGCUUUACUGAACGUCGGCGAGGCUCGACGAUGACGUUUCAUUCGUGCCGUGUGGCACAUGAUGGAGCCGAGACCGCGGCCCGGUUCGGGGUCCGGGGUGGAGCAGCGGCUCCAGCCUGCGAUGGCGACAGCACAGAAAGUGUGGUCCAGGUGGGACCCUCGCUCGCGGCCGUGGGUCUGGGACGCGUCAGCCGCGGGUGUCCUGCGUGAGCGUCUCAUCAGUGUGAUCGCCGUCAGCUGCGUCCUGAGCAGGCGUCAUGGACGAGCUGGCGCUGGAGCGCUACUUUGACGAUUCCAUCGCAAACGACUCUGGCUUCACGGCGGAGGAGGGUCUCCGCAGUCCCUCACAGCCGGACCCGGACCCUCCACAGAAACCUGGAGACGACAAAGAAGCCGAUGAUCUGGACCUGAGUUUUCUGCCAGAUGAGCUCAGCACUCAAGAGGAUGCGGGUGAGGCGUCACCGAGCCAAGGUUUGGACCUGCACAUGGACCAGGAUAGUGGGAUCUUCCCCCAAAGUUCAGCAGAUAAAGCAGAGUCCUGGCAGGGCCCACCGGACUCCGCAGCCACCAGGACCCCGACCACAUCAGGCCCAGUCUCCUGCUCAACAGCUCCGGGUUCCGGCACCUUCUGUCCCAUGACCCCCAUGACCCCCAUGACCCCCGUGACCGAGCGGUCUGGAAUCAUUCCUCAGCUGCAGAACAUCGUCUCCACGGUGAACCUGGGUUGUCCUCUGAACCUCAAGUUCAUCGCUCUCCAGGCCAGAAACGCUGAGUACAACCCCAAGCGCUUCGCUGCCGUCAUCAUGAGGAUCCGGGAGCCUCGCACCACAGCGCUGAUCUUCAGCUCGGGGAAGAUGGUCUGUACCGGAGCCAAGAGCGAGGAGCAGUCGCGGCUAGCCAGCAGGAAGUACGCCCGCGUGGUCCAGAAGCUCGGCUUCCCCGCCCGCUUCAUGGACUUCAAGAUCCAGAACAUGGUGGCGAGCUGCGACGUGUUCUUCCCCAUCAGACUGGAAGGACUGGUUCUGACCCACCAGCAGUUCAGCAGGUGGGAGGCCUGGCAGCGGGGGGCGCCACUCACAACUGAACUUUUCUCAUUGAUUGUUGCCUACGUUCCGCUUCAGCUACGAGCCCGAGCUGUUCCCGGGUCUCAUCUACCGGAUGGUGAAGCCUCGCAUCGUGCUGCUGAUCUUCGUGUCGGGGAAGGUCGUCCUGACUGGAGCCAAAGAGCGCGGCGAGAUCUACGAAGCCUUCGAGAACAUUUAUCCCAUCCUGAGAGGCUUCAGAAAGCAGUGAGCCGCCGUGACAGCCACCGACACGCCUUGAUUGAUUUGUUGGAGAGACGUGAUGUUGUCAGCCCAGACUUUUCUACUUGAGUUGGUUGUGUUUUCCGUUGAGUCUGAGUUCAAACACCAUAGACCUCCACUGGAGCAGGAGGUGUGCUCACGUGAGCCGUCCGUCUCAGAGGAGCACGGUUCGCAUCUGGAGCACCCUGCAUGGAAAGCAAUGUACUCGAAGAACACGUGAGCAUACGUGCGCGGACUUCAAACACAGUGUCCAAAGGUGCACUUCUCUCAGGGCUCAUAGUACACUGUUGAACACAGGUGUUUGUGCUGAGCGCCGGAUUCCAGUGAGCCGCGGGUGAAGAAGCUCGGCUCGCGCUCACCGCUUCACUCUUGUCUUCCGAAUCGCUUGUUUCUACACGGACACUUGAGGCGUGCGCACACAGCUCGUUUCAGAACACGGCGAGCGAAGCGUCACGAAGCGGUGUCACUGCCCUAUUUGUUUCUUCAUCCUGUUU